CAGAGCCAAAAGAAAAGCAUUCAGGCCCAGAACAAGAGACCCGCGACGAAAGCCGUAUUUUAACCCCAUUACCAGCAAACCUAAACGAAUAAAAACAUGUCUGCAUCUCCGACAUCCGCUGUUCCGUCAACGAAACGUCCUCUUGAGGACCCUUCAUCCCCAUCGGGACCCACGGAUCAACCUGACGCAAAACGUCCCGCCUUGGAUAAGGUCGUAAAGGGUGAAGAAGAAGCAUCAAAGCUAGUGCAAGAGGCUGGAACUCCUGUGACGGACACCGCCAAGUCAGACACUGCAGCUCAGCCUGCCGCUGCUGCUACGGGAGAAAAUGGUGUAAAGGACGAGCAAGGUGAUGUUGUUGUUACUGAUGCACCCCAUGCCAAUGGGAAAAGCGCAUCCGCUGCGCAAAUACUGGAAACCCAGCCCAUUCAGUCCACAGCUUCACAAAAUGACCGCUCGUCAUCACAGCCUCCUUCACAGCACGCUACCCAAGACGAGAGUGGAUGGAUCCAUAUUCGAGCUGUGAUCUCUAGUGCUGAGGCAGCAACUUGUAUUGGCAAAGGAGGUGAAAAUGUUUCACAGAUUCGUCGUCUAUCGGGCGCCAAGUGCACUGUGAGCGACUAUUCUCGUGGCGCAGUUGAAAGAAUUUUAACUGUCAGUGGCAUGCAAGAUGCAGUUGCUAAGGCUUUUGGUUUGAUUAUUCGUACUCUUAACAAUGAACCCCUUGAGGCACCCUCCACAGCCCAGUCAAAGACAUAUCCUCUCCGCCUCCUCAUUCCCCACCUACUCAUUGGAUCCAUUAUUGGAAAAUCUGGAGUUCGCAUUCGCGAAAUCCAAGAGGCUUCCGGUGCUCGUCUUAAUGCUUCUGAUUCAUGCCUUCCUCUUUCCACUGAACGGACGCUUGUUAUCCUGGGUGUUGCUGACGCAGUUCACAUUGCAACUUAUUACGUUGCGGUGACUUUAGUAGAACAACUGACAGAGAGAUUUGGGGGACCAGCUGCUUCCGCUUAUGCCACCCGCAGUGGUGGUGCCGCUGGCGUUGUGCCUGGAGGUAUGCAAGUGGUUCCUUACGUCCCCCAACCAGCCGGUGGACAAUAUGGACAUCCGGAUACCUUCAAGAGACAUCAACCUCCAGGAAAUCGGGUUGUGUCCACCGGUGGUUACGGCGUACCGUACGUCCACGGCCAGCCGGGCCAGCCUCAAAUGCCACAUCAAGCACUUCAUUACGGUUCAUCCUCCCGUCCCGGCUACUCUGGAGCUGGCCCUCAUCAGCCAGCGCCUUACGGAGCUCCCCAACCCGCGCCAGUCCAUGGUGGGCCAAGUGCUCAGCCUGCUGGUGGGGUUGUUCCAGGAGCACCGGUGACGCAGCAGAUCUUUAUUCCUAAUGAUAUGGUGGGUGCUAUCAUUGGAAAAGGAGGCGCUAAGAUCAAUGAAAUACGCCACCUUAGCGGUAGUGUCAUCAAGAUCAACGAGCCCCAGGAUAAUAGCAAUGAGCGCUUAGUUACUAUCACAGGUACGCCUGAGUGCAACCAGAUGGCUCUCUAUAUGCUUUAUUCACGACUUGAGAGUGAGAAGCACCGGAUUUAAAGUAUCUAAACUGUUACACUGGCUGUCUUACCUUGCAUCUUCCAUUAUUUUUCAUGUUAUCUCCCUUCUGCUCAGGUUGGGGAGUUUUGAUUGAAAAGCAGUUUUUAUUACAAAUUUGAACUUGUACCUUUGCUUAUCCUACUUGCUCCGUUUGUUUGAAUUUUAAUUCCUUACCACGGGUUUUCUACCUUCUGUGUUAAUUCCGACUCUGUUUUAUUUUUGCUUGUCUUUCCCUUUUUUUUAUCCUUUACUUCUCAACUGUUGUUUAAACCGUCUAAGACUAUUGGUCAACAUUAUAUGAUGUUCUUCAUUUUCCGUUCUUCUCCCGGUGUAUUUUUACCCCGAACAGAUAAUAAUGGCGAAUCUCAUACUGACUCGACUACCAUGAAAAAUUUUAAUAUUUCUUCAAUCCGGUUAUCUCGCAACCACCGGUCAUGGGAAGAAUCCUGCCCUGACUUGACGGUUAGCUAGUUGGAACCGCAGAUUCACGACUUCGAUUAAGCCUGUCGAGCUGGCACUGGGAACAUUGGACCCAUUGGAUGUAUACGUAUCUGUAUUGGUCCGCCAGUGCAGACGACCUGACUUCCUGAUAGCUCGAUGAAGGUCUAGCUUUUUACCCCCUCCAAAAUGCCAAAACUGAAGUACAAUAGCUAGCCCUUCCAAUUUGCCAAAAUUCCCCCCAACCACUUCUCGCGAAGAAAUAUUACACCAGCAGAUUUACGUCCCCCUCCCUCCUUCUCCACUUCUCGCAGAUUAUUUUUGUCUUCAGGCCGCUCUGUCCCCUCUCAUCCAACCGUAAGCACGAUUAUCGCACCACACAUGCACAUUUCCCGACUUUCAGCUCCCAACUCUCCCCUCCCCCUCCCCCUCCCCUUUCUCUCGGUCUUCCUCCCAAAACUUAACAUACCUCAUCUCCAACACCUUGAUCCCAGGCAACAUCUUCCUCCUAACCGGCGCAAUAGCUCUUUCAAACUCAUCCGUCCCAAUCGCAGCCUCAUGCUCCUGUAUGCUCUCCCAUCCAAUCACCAGGAUCGCCAGCUCCGCCUCCCCGGACGCGCUGUCGGCAUGCUCGACCGUUCCAGGCCUCUCGACCCACCCAAGUGAUAACCAGCGUGGCGGGCCCGGAUCCCCCAACCUCGUCCGCGACGACGAUGCCGACGACGACAGGGAUGUCUGUGUCCGCUGCUGGC